AUUUCGAAAUUAAAAUAUGGAUCAAGAAGCUCUUCUCGUCGGAAGACCUAUCUCGAAACGCAGUAUUCCGACCAUUCCUUUUAUUCUUGCAAGUCAGGCGUUGGAGAAACUUGCAUAUUUUGGAUUGGUACCAAACAUGAUACUCUUCUUAACGGUCGAAUACGGCAUGGGAACAGCGGAAGCGGCUAACAUCAUCUUCCUAUGGUCUGCCGCCACCAAUUUCUUCCCUCUUGUUGGUGCUUUUAUUGCGGAUUCUUACACGGGUCGGUUUCCUCUGAUUGGGUUUGGAUCCUCCAUCAGCCUUCUGAGAGACGAGAGAGGUACGAUGUUGUCGGCGAUGUGGCUAUUACCGUACAUGAUACUAGGAGGCAUUUCGGAAGCACUUAAUACGAUAGCACAGAACGAGUUCUUCUACUCUGAGCUCCCCAAAUCCAUGUCAAGCGUCGCCACCACACUCUCCGGCCUCGGCAUGUCCGCCGCAAGCCUCAUCUCAUCCUGGAUCAUCACCAUCGUAGACGUCGCCACCUACGGGAGCUGGAUCACAGAGAACAUAGACGAGGGACACUUGGACUAUUACCACUGGCUCUUGGUGGGAUUAUCUGUGUUCAAUGUUCUGUAUCUCGUGUGGUGUACCAAAUAUUAUGGUAAAUGUAACUUAUAA